AAGCAGCAGGACCGUUUACGGAAGUACGCGUUCUUCGCCGACGAUGAAGAAGAAGCCGAAAAGGUGUUUUCUUUGCCUGCUAGGAUAGCUAACUGGCUAGUAUAUUUCUUGGAUAAGUCAUUCCUUCCCUUUCUCUUCAUAAAAAUCCGAAGCAAUAAGUUAUUUGGAGGUGAAAUAUGGAACCCCCAUUUCCUCUGCUCUCCCUGGGUGUCCUGGUCCCUCCUCUCCGGAUGAUGUCAGCACUCAUGUGGCAGGUGGUGCGCCUGGGCAACAUAAGUCAGUAUGGGAAAUUGGAGGAGUUUGUUUCCAUGGUCACAGAGGCGGUUCCAGAUCUCCUGUCCAACAGACAGAGGUGGCUGCUGACCCUGGCACUCAGAGGACGGGUGAGUCUACAGCUAUUAGGGUCUGGACAUCCUGAUGACCUCAAGGCUGUUCAAACCCACCUGGAUAGAAUCACAGCAUCUGGUCUCAAACAGUCAAACGAUGCCGCGAUUGAAUUUGCUGAAUCCAACUUCCUGAAGCUGAUCCAGAGCCUAGUGGAAGACCCAGAUAGGAGGGAACACUUCUUCAAGGUUGUGUUCCCCGUGGAGUAUGGACCGAGCUUUGACUCGGCGCUGCAGACUCUGGUGUGUCAUUUGCUGUCCAGACUGGAGGAGCUGCUGCCUGUCCCUGACUUCAAACAGACUGCUCUGUUGAUCAGUGGUGCCCCAUCUGUCCUGGAGGACUUCAUGUGCAGUGCCUCCCAUGCAGAGGAUCUGAAGUCCCUGCUACAGAACCCACAGUGCCACGGGAAACUCAAGCUGCCCAAGAGCGCUCCUUCGCAGAUAGAGGACCAUCUCCUCUGCUCCUUAUCCCUUCCUCCCUCACUGAGACUGGGUAAUGCCUCGCACCACAGCGCCAGCGAAUCCAAAGCCUUCCCUGACUGUGAGAACCCGCCCCUGCAGGUCAGAGAUAACCAGGGGACUAUGACUGACAAUUUGAGUGGCCAAUGGGCUGAGUCCAAAACAAGUAUAGAUCAAAACGUGAUUGGAACAGAUUCAGUAGAAAACCAAGGAGGUUCUCAGCGAACGGAGAACCAGAAAGACGUGAAGGAGAAAGAUGUGGAAAGACAAAGUGCAGGAAGGAAAGCAGUAGACACGGAGCACCAAUACUGUCUGAGCACCAAUACUGCUCCUCAAACUGCUGACCAAGACACGGCACCAUCAGCCAGCCAACAAGCUGCCUCAGCCUCCACCUCGGCCUCUGCCCAGGACACCACCUCAACAUCCACCUCGAGCACCCUGCCGUCCUCGUCCGGUGUGUCACCCGAGCAGCCGCGGCAGCGCGUGGCCCACAGGUGUCCCCAGUGCGGCCGUUGUUUCAUCUACCGCUAUAAGAUGCUGGAGCACCAGAGACUCCACACGGGGGAGAACCCUUACAAGUGUUCCCAGUGUGGUAAGACCUUCAGAAGGUCCUCGGAGAUGUCCACCCACCGCCGAACGCAGUGCUCCAACGCUGCCUAUGUCUGUAUUAAAUGCGGAAGCAGUUUUGGGUCGGUCAGAGAGCGGGUCAGCCACCGGUGUUGUCGUAGCAAAGCGGCGGCGGCGCCGAAGUUUGAAUGUCCACAGUGUGGGAAGAACUUCAAGUGGUACAACUCGUUACAGAAACACCUGGUAACCCACACCAGGAAGAAGGGCUUCAAUUGCAGGUACUGUGGUGAGGGGCCGUUCCCAGGUAUCGCUGAGCUGAGGACCCACCAGAAGGUCCAUGAUGGAGAAGAGAAGCCCUACAAGUGUGAACAGUGUGGAAAGGGCUUCAGCUCCCAGGGCUGGCUCCAUGGCCACGAGCAGCGCCACUCCCAAGAGAGGUCCAAGAUCUGCCCCAGCUGUGGAAAGGCCUUCCGGUGUAAAGGAGACCUGAAGCUCCACAUGCGGACUCACACCGGCGAGAGGCCGUACCAGUGUACCUACUGCACCAAGCGGUUCUCUGUCAACGGAAACCUGACGAUACACAUCAGGACGCACACAGGGGAGAAACCUUUCCUCUGCUCUGACUGCGGCAAGGCCUUCUGCUCCGCAGGAGAGCUGCAGAUCCACAGGAGAACACACACUGGGGAGAGACCGUACAAAUGCACCGUCUGCGAGAAAGGCUUCACCAUGGCCAGUCAGGUGACUCUUCACAUGCGGGUACACACCGGGGAACGACCCUACGUGUGUCAUGAGUGUGGAAAGGCAUUUCGUCGCGGUGCGGAGCUGAAGACACACAUCCUGAAUCACAGUGGGGUGAGACCGUACCCCUGUCGUCUCUGUUCCAAGACCUACACCUGCCUUAGUCACCUGAAGAGACAUUUGAAGACUCACGGGGACCAGUCGGUGGAUAUGAGCAGUGAGUUGUCUGUAUCUGCUGUAUAAUAAACCACUUGAAAAGAAAACACCUUUUAACACAGUUUUGUCAAUAUAAAAAGGUGCAUAUUUCAUUUUCUGACGGCCACUUAUAUUAAGAGGUAGUUGACUGAACUCCGUAAGGAUCAUCGCCAUGUUUGCUUAUUGCUACUAUCAGGACUAAGACUGUUGCUUCUAGAACAAGAUGACUGUUGCUUCUAGAACAAGACGAGUGUUGCUUCUAGAACAAGACGAGUGUUGCUUCUAGAACAAGACGAGACAUUUUUCUUUGUUGCAGUUCUAGGCGUUUUUAUAAUCAUUUUGAUCAUGUCUUAGAUUGAGGCUUUUGGAUGGUUGCAGUAGCUAGUGUUUCUGUUCAUCUCACAUGCCAAGUUAAGCCAUUUCUGUUCAUCUCACAUGUGUUGGUUCUGUUUACUUAACAAAUAAGGAACACUCAAAAUGUGUGCACUUAUAAAUCGUAAACAAUUUUAAUCAAAAAUACAUCUGUAGACAGAAGUCAAAGAUCAAACAUCACACAUACAACUGAUGUCUCUCAUGAGUUCUGUCCCAUAGGAAAAGUCCAAGUUGCUUUUGUCAUGCUUGUAGUCAACCCCUUGUGAUGUCACUGCAUACGUCAUUACCUGCUACUCAUCAGACCAAGCCCAUGCAUGCACAGCAAAACAAACUUGCACGAGAGAUACAAUAGUUCCAGUGUUUUCUCAGGCCUCAGCAGUUAAAUGUCCCCAAGUUGAUUUAUAGAGGUCUGUCUGACUCUUAUCUCUUCUACUUCCCUGAAAAGACUUUGGAACAAUUUUAAAAUGUUAUAACGAAUAUAUAAAUAUUGUUCAUCUGUAGUCUAGGAUCCUAUAAAUGUAGAGGAGGUGGGGUCCAAUAGCCCCUCCCCUUCUAUUAAUGCAACAUCAGCAUAAUUAAUUAUUAUAAUACAUCAAUCAUUUGGUGCAGCCCCUAUCAUGACCCCAAUUUGACCCCAUCACAUGCCAAAUUAAUUCAUUUACCUUUAUUUAACCAGGCAAGUCAGUUAAGAACAAAUUCUUAUUUUCAAUGACGGCCUAGGAACAGUGGGUCAACUGCCUGUUCAGGGGCAGAACGACAGAUUUGUACCUUGUCAGCUCGGGGGUUUGAACUCGCAACCUUCCGGUUACUAGUCCAACGCUCUAACCACUAGGCUACGCUGCCGCCUCUACACUCUAACCACUAGGCUACGCUGCCGCCCCUCCCCUCUAACCACUAGGCUACGCUGCCGCCUCUACACUCUAACCACUAGGCUACGCUGCCGCCCCUCCCCUCUAACCACUAGGCUACGCUGCCGCCUCUACACUCUAACCACUAGGCCACCCUGCCACCUCUACACUCUAACCACUAGGCUACGCUGCCGCCUCUACACUCUAACCACUAGGCUACGCUGCCGCCUCUACACUCUAACCACUAGGCUACGCUGCCGCCUCUACACUCUAACCACUAGGCUACGCUGCCGCCUCUACACUCUAACCACUAGGCUACGCUGCCGCCUCUACACUCUAA